CGCCCUCGGCCAUGGAGGACCCGGCCCGGGACGCGCCCCUGGAGUCCCCGCGGCAGCUGCUGGGCCGCCUGCGCUUCCUGGCCGAGGCGGCGCGGAGCCUGCGCUUGGGGAGGCCGCUGCCGGCCGCGCUGGCCUUCGUGCCGCGGGAGGUGCGCUACAAGCUGGCCCGGGACCCGGCGGGCGAGGCGCGCGUGCUGCUGCAAGUGUGGGAGGACCGAGGCGCGGGGCCGGGCGGGGUCGGGGUCGGGCUGGGGCCGCUGCGCGCCCCCCGCUACAGCAUCGAGCUCCGGCGCGGCGCCUGCCUGCGCGCCACGGGCGAGGAGCUGUGCAACGGCCACGGGCUCUGGGUGAAGAUCACCAAGGAGCAGCUGGCCGAGCACCUGAGCAACGACUGCGGCCUGGACGAGGGCUGGCUGCUGGUGUGCUGGCGGGCAGAGGGCUGCCAGCGCCUCGUCCCCUUCGACACCCACGACCACCUGCAGCGCCAGCAGCAGCUCUUCGGGGUGGACUACCGGCCCGUGCUCAGGUGGGAGCAGGUGGUGGACCUGACCUACUCGCACAGCCUGGGCUCCAGGCCGCAGCCCGCCGAGGCCGACGUGGAAGCGGUGCAGAGGCUCCUCUAUGUGCCCCCCACCUGGACCUUCGAAUGCGACGAGGACCUGAUCCGCUUCUUAUACGACCACCUGGGCAAGGACCUCGAGAUUCUGGGGAACUUGGAGCAGGAUGUGGAGAGCAUAGAUGUGUCCUCCUACAUGGACUACUUGAACGCGUCCUACUUGACGGACAACAACAUAGACACCUACUGGCAGAGUAAUGGGUCCGACCUCGAUCACUGGAUACGGCUGACCAUGAAGAAGGGCACCAUUAUUAAGUGAGUGGGCAGAGGUGGGACGGGGCUGGAGAGCCGCAGGUCUGUGAGUGCAGAGACUGACGGCCACCCUCUCCCCACAGGAAACUGUUCAUCACCGUGGA